AUGGCCGACUUACCCACUGCAUCAACCACUGGUGCUAAUUUCGCCUCUGAUGUGCGGCGUAGAAAUGUUCCGCAUACAGAGAAGCCCUAUAAUGCCUCGGAUCUUGCCCAGAGCAGUGAUGAGAAAGCAAAGCCCAAGCACACUUCGGUCCUCUCCGUAUUGUCUAGUUGGGAGCCUAUCAUUGCCCCUAUUCUGUUUACGCUCUUGUCAAUCUUCACCCGUAUGUACCGGAUUGGCCGGUCGAACAUUGUGACCUGGGAUGAAGCACACUUUGGAAAGUUCGGAUCCCAUUACCUGAAGCGCGAGUUCUACUUCGACGUUCAUCCGCCACUGGGCAAAAUGCUCGUGGGUCUCUCUGGUCUGCUCGCUGGUUACAAUGGAUCUUUCGAGUUCAAAUCUGGCGAACAGUACCCAGAGGAUCUCAAUUACACAUUUAUGCGCGUGUUCAAUGCUGCCUUUGGCGUUGUGUGUGUCCCACUUGCGUACUUGACGGCUCGAGAACUUGGCUUCCGCAGAGCCACGAUCUGGCUUGUGACCUUGAUGGUACUUUUCGAAAACUCAUAUGCCACCAUUUCCAGAUUCAUAUUGCUCGACUCCAUGCUGCUUUGUUUCACGUUUACCACGACCUUUUGCUGGGCCAAGUUCCAUCGACUACAGCAUGCUAGCUUCUCUCUUGAGUGGUUCACAUGGCUAUUUUUGACAGGAAUUAGCAUUGGCUGUGUUUGUAGCGUCAAGUGGGUUGGCCUCUUCUGUACCGCAAUUGUCGGCCUCUAUACUGCUGAAGACCUCUGGAAUAAAUUUGGUGACCGGAAAGUAACAGAUGUUGUAUUGGCCAAGCAUUUCGUGGCACGUGUAAUCGGCUUGAUUAUUGUACCACUUCUGGUUUAUCUCUUCUCCUUCUACCUUCACUUCCUAAUUUUAGAGAACAGCGGCCCGGGAGAUGCCCAGAUGAGUUCACUCUUUCAAGCAAAUCUCAAAGGCACACAGGUUGGCAAAGAUAGCCCUCUAGAAGUGGCAUUCGGAUCUCGAGUCACAUUGAAGAACAUGGGUUAUGGCGGCGGACUUCUCCAUUCCCAUGUUCAAACAUACCCUGAAGGAUCUAGUCAGCAGCAGGUCACUUGCUAUCACCACAAAGAUGCAAACAACGAAUGGUUUAUUUAUCCCAACCGACAAGCGCCCGAAUAUGACCAAAAUGCAGACUUGAGGUUCAUCGGUGAUGGUGAGGUUAUCCGCCUCAUUCAUGGUCAAACAGGCCGUAACUUGCAUUCCCACAACAUUCCCGCCCCCAUUACCAAGAGCCAUUACGAAGUUUCUUGCUACGGCAACAUGACAGUUGGAGAUGAUAAAGACCAUUGGAAGAUCGAAGUCGUUGAUGAUGCCGCAUCAAGGGACCGAAGCAAGAUUCGAACUCUCACUACCGCGUUCCGGCUCCGGCACCCAGUAUUAGGCUGUUACUUGCGCGCCGGCAAUACCAACCUUCCACAGUGGGGAUUUAAGCAAAUCGAAACCACAUGCGUGAAGGAAAAUACGCCUCGCGACGUUUAUACUCAUUGGAAUGUUGAGACUCAUGUGAAUGAUCGACUUCCACCUGGCGACCCUGGAUCUUACAAAUCCCCCUUCUUCAAGGAUUUUGUACAUCUAAAUGUCGCCAUGAUGACAUCUAACAAUGCUUUGGUUCCAGACCCAGAUAAGCAGGAUGACCUCGCCUCGAAAUUCUGGCAGUGGCCAAUCCUGAAUGUUGGCUUGAGAAUGUGCUCUUGGGAUGAUAAUAUUAUCAAAUACUACCUCUUGGGAAACCCUGUCGUUUACUGGGGCAGUACCCUGAGUCUGUUCGUCUUCGGCUUUUUGACUCUCUGGUACCUUGUGAGAUGGCAACGAGGUUAUAAUGAGCUUUCCCAGGCAGACGUUGACCAUAUUCACUAUGCCGGCUUUUAUCCAGUUAUUGGAUGGGUGUUGCACUAUCUACCUUUCAUCAUGAUGGCACGAGUAACCUAUGUUCACCACUACUAUCCAGCUCUAUAUUACGCCAUCCUAACUUUCGGCUUCUGCAUUGAUUGGCUUACCCAGACUUUGAACGCCAAGGUUCGCGGGGCGGUAUAUACCGUCCUUUACGUUCUCAUUACCGGUAUGUUUGUAUACUUCCGGGUAAUUGUGUUUGGGAUGGAAGGUUCAAGCCAACAGUGGGCUCAUUUGAACUGGCUGAGCGGCUGGCGGAUUGCCAACUAA